UGUUCGGAGCGCGCUGGGCUCCGCUGCCGGGAGAGCCGAGUCGGGGCCGCGCUGGACCAGCGAGGAGCCCACGAGCCUUCGAGGUUGUGGACGAGGGAGGGAGGAGUCGCCGCCAACGCCAGCUCCUGCCGGGAGGGAGCCCAAACCCGCCGCGGGCCAUGAGCCACCGGGCCCCGGGAGCCCGGCCGCGGUCCGGGCAGCGCUCCGCCGGCGCCCGGACCCGCCCGGCCGCAGCUGCGCGCCUGUAGCUGCAGGGGGCUGCGAUGGGACGGGAACCAUGAAUGGUGCCGCCUCUGGCCCCGCCGCUGCCGCCCCGGUCCCGGACUGGCGGCAGUUCUGUGAGCUGCAUGCCCAGGCGGCCGCCGUGGACUUCGCACACAAAUUCUGCCGCUUCCUACACGACAACCCGGCCUACGACACGCCGGACGCCGGGGCCUCCUUCUCCCGCCAUUUCGCAGCCAAUUUCCUGGACAUCUUCAGUGAGGAGGUGCGCCGUGUGCUGGUGGCCGGGGCAGCCAAGCACCCCGACACCAUGGAACCCGAGCCGGCGGCACUCAAGGUGGCAUCGUCGUGCGGCCACUCGCGGAGCUCUGAGGACGUGUCGGCGCACGCGGCGGCCAAGGCCCGCGUCCGCAAGGGCUUCUCACUGCGCAACAUGAGCCUGUGUGUGGUGGACGGCAUGCGUGACAUGUGGCACCGGCGCUCCUCUCCCGAGCCUGAUGCCACCCCGCGGGCUGCCGAGGCCCCGGCCGAGCCUCGCGACAAAUGGACACGGCGCCUGCGGCUGUCGCGGACGCUGGCGGCCAAGGUGGAGCUGGUGGACAUCCAGCGGGAGGGCGCGCUGCGCUUCAUGGUGGCCGACGAUGCUGCCGCGGGCCCGGGCGGCGCCGCCCAAUGGCAGAAGUGCCGCCUGCUCCUGCGCCGGGCCGUGGCUGGCGAGCGCUUCCGCCUGGAGUUUUUCGUGCCGCCUAAGGCCUCCAGGCCCAAGGUCAGCAUCCCUCUCUCGGCCAUCAUCGAGGUCCGCACCACCAUGCCCCUGGAGAUGCCGGAGAAGGACAAUACGUUUGUGCUCAAGGUGGAGAAUGGAGCAGAGUACAUCCUGGAGACCAUCGAUUCACUGCAGAAGCACUCAUGGGUGGCUGACAUCCAGGGCUGUGUGGACCCCGGGUCCUCUCCAGGUUGGUGCCAGCCAUUCCUCCAUAGCCCCACCCCCACCCCUAUCUCCAGCAGGCUCUUGGAGGCCUGCUCCGCAGGGCCAGGGCCCAGGAACCUGGAAGGAAGUUGGAUCAAGUCUUCCCUCACCCCAGAGGAGCCUGAGACCACUAAAAGAAGGGCAGGGAUGGGGGACAGUGAGGAAGACACAGAGCUCUCCUGUGCCCAAGGAGGCUGCCUGGCCAGCCGAGUGACCUCCUGCAGCUGUGAGCUCCUCACAGAGGCAGCAGACCUGCCCCGGGCCCCAGAGACAACGGCAGCUGUGGUGACAGCCCCACACAGCCGAGCUCGAGAUGCUGUCAGUGAGUCCCUGGUCCAUGUCCCACUGGAGACCUUCCUGGAGACCCUGGACUCCCCGGGCGGCAGCAAUGGUGACAGCAAUAACACAGGGGAGGAAGGAGCCGAGCCUGAGCCCGAGGCAGCACCAGAGCUGGAGCUCUCCGACUACCCCUGGUUCCACGGGACGCUCUCGCGGGUCAGGGCAGCGCAGCUGGUGCUGGCAGGCGGGCCCCGGAGCCACGGCCUCUUUGUGAUCCGGCAGAGUGAGACUCGGCCUGGGGAGUACGUACUGACCUUCAACUUCCAGGGCAAGGCCAAGCACCUUCGCCUGUCCCUGAAUGGCCACGGGCAGUGCCACGUACAGCACCUGUGGUUCCAAUCUGUGCUUGACAUGCUGCGCCACUUCCACACCCAUCCCAUUCCACUGGAGUCAGGGGGCUCCGCAGACAUCACUCUCCGCAGCUACGUGCGUGCCCAGGGCCCCCCACCUGACCCGGGGCCCUCGCCCAGCGCCGCCCCCGCGCCUCCCGCCUGCUGGACCGAGCCGGCCAACCAGCACUACUUCUCCAGCCUCGCGGCCGCCGCCUGCCCACCCGCCUCGCCCUCCGAGGCGGGUGGGGCCUCGUCCUCGUCCACCUCGUCGUCGUCGGCCGCGUCCCUGCCCGCCGCCCCGCGCGGCGCCGCCGAGGGCCUGCUGAGCGCGCGCGGCCACAGCCACAGCGCCGAGCGGCUGCUGGAGGCGGUGGCCGGUGCGGACGAGCCCCCGGAGGCCGCGCCGCCGGGAGAGGGAUCGCGCGGCCACACGCGUGCCGUGGAAAACCAGUACUCCUUCUACUAGCGCCGCGCCGUUUGCCGCCAAGGCCCUGGAGCCUUUCGGACCGGCCGAGCAUCCACCCACGUGUCCGUCAGCCCAGCGGACCCUGCGACCCCAGCCCGGUGCUGGGUGGGAAAAGCGAAGCUCUUCA